GCGGGGCAGGGUAUGGUAUAAUAUACACUAAGUGCGGUGCGUCAUUAUAGACAUACCUUAAGGUUGAGACACAAUGCAGACGAUAAGCUUCGUUUCAGGAUAAGACCUUGGGUGCUGAGGUGGAAUGCCAGGGAUAUUAAUAGGCUACAUAAGAUUCUAGGUGGCGAGGAUCAAAGAACCGACGACGCCUCUUACACCUGUCCCAAUGCCUGGUACACCAACAGCAGGGACGAAUCCUACUGUGGCAGCGACGCCAGUGGUGGCGACACCAGUCGUAACACCUCAGUCUGCAGCUAAGACUACGCCACAUCAGCGCAAGAGUGCCAGAACUGCCACUACCCCAGCGGCGCCACCAACGGAACCACCCACACCGGAAGCUGCCGCCCGCCUUCUAGUCGGUACGACAUCACAAGACAAAACCACCGCCUCCCCCCAAUCCCAAACCGAUCCUAAUCCCACCACCGAGCGGGUAGAGUCUCACGACAAGAUGUCGAAAGAGAAACGUAAGUUUUUCAAGGGGUCCGUCUUCAAUGCUGGCAAGAAGAAAGUAGAGACGGCAACGAAAAGGCGAACGAGGAAAUCCCAGGAACCGGUCCCAAAGAAACAAACCGUCGGCGUUGCGAAGAGAAAUGGCAAAAUAGCUUCGCCUAACACCCCCAAAGUUCAAACACGUACGACGGUAAAAAAACAACCUCCUAAAGGGGAAGAUAAGCAGGAAGAUGAUGAAAGUUCAUCAGAGGAAAACUCUUCUAGCAGUUCUUGUUCGUCUGAGUCAGACUCGGAUUCUUCCGUGGACAAUUCGGACUCGCGGACCAACAUGAGGAACAUUCGCAUCCCGCCUAUUUUCAGCGCGACUAGCGUGGAAAAGAAAGAGACAUUUGGUAGUAUUAGUGGGAUAGAAGUAGACAAAGACAAGCCGUGGGGGUUUGCCGCAGCAGCUGCCGUAGCUGGUAAGAAAGAGGAACCGGCUGAAAACCUCUUCAUCGUUGCCAUGAAGGAGGAGGGGUUGCUAAAAGAGGAUAAGACCGAAACACCGAAAGAGAAGGCUUCCAAGUUCGCCUCGGGAAUCGGACAGUUAAAAGGGUUAUUCGACGGUCUGUCUCACUUCUUCACAGCGCCUUCGGAGAGUCGCGCCAGUAGAUCUACACCCAAUUACAAUCCGAAUCGGCGCAAGUCGAAAAAGGAUGAUGCCAAAUCCGAAGAAACAAAAGAAGAAGACACUCCCGCUCCCGAAGAGACCGUUAAGCCCGCACCUGCUCCUCCUACCGUUCCCGAAGAACCUAAAUCCGUCACUACCGAAUUGAGCCCAUCUAACUUGGUGAAGACGGCAGUCAGUUCAAAACAACACGAGAAAAAGAAGCAGAUAAAGUCUGAGGCGGCUGCGACUCCCAGCGCAUGUGUCGAGAAGACGCUCCCCCUCGUGACUGAGAGCACUGCCCCCGCUAAAAAGCGGGGUACAGUUUCUUCAACCAUGCCACCUCCACCUCCGCCUGUACAACCAUUUUACAACAAUCAGAUGGGUGAAUUUAAGAUACCUACUCAACUACCGCCAGGGGUGAACCAAAAGGACGUGGAAUUAUUCAAGGAAGCCAGGGAGAAGGCGGCCGCUGCAACUGCAGCCUUAACUCAUGUUCCUGUUCCGGAACACGUUCCUGUUUCUCCUUCCCAGUUAAUGGCUGUUCAAGGUCGCUGUCCGGCAGCAAUUGAGUUUGGAAAGUACGAGAUUGACACUUGGUACUCCAGCCCUUUUCCUCAGGAAUACGCACGACUACCGAAGCUAUUCCUCUGCGAGUUCUGCCUGAAAUAUACGAAGAGUAAAGCUGUACUGGAGCGGCACCAAGAUAAGUGCACUUGGAGGCAUCCACCUGCUACAGAAAUAUAUCGCUGCAAGGACCUUUCUGUCUUUGAAGUCGAUGGUAACGUGAACAAGAUCUACUGCCAGAAUCUUUGCUUGCUGGCCAAGUUGUUUCUGGAUCACAAGACCCUCUACUAUGACGUGGAACCGUUCCUGUUCUACGUGCUGACCAAGAAUGACAAGAAAGGGUGCCAUCUUGUAGGGUAUUUUUCCAAAGAGAAGCAUUGCGUGCAAAAGUACAACGUAUCGUGUAUCAUGACGAUGCCUCAGUACCAGCGGCAAGGUUACGGCAGGUUCCUCAUUGAAUUCAGUUAUUUACUUUCCAAAGAAGAAGGCCAGCCUGGAACUCCAGAGAAGCCUCUUUCAGAUCUAGGCAGGGUAUCGUAUUAUGCGUACUGGAAGUCCAUCGUUUUAGAAUAUUUGCACAGCCACAGAGAGGAAAAGUUGAAGUUGACAGACGUUAGCAAGGAAACUGGCAUGUACUGUCAUGACAUAGCCUUGGCUUUGCAGCUGUUAGGAUUCAUAAAAUACAUUCAGACAGAUGAUGGGCUGAAACCCGUGAUCUCUGUUAACUGGUCAAAGGUAGAUGCGCACAUGGAGCGAGUAUGGAAAUCGAAGACUCGAAUUCCCAUUGACUACGAGUGUCUGAGGUGGACCCCGCUGGUAACGGCCGCCGCCGGACCUCUGUGGGCUGAACGAAAGUCUGACGAGGACAAGGAACAAGUAAAAAUCGAGACUGCGGAUAUCGUGGUACCCGUUCCAGAGAAGAUCAUUAUCGAGACCCAGCAAGGGGUAAAGUUGAAGAGAGGCAAGAAACGAAGGGUGAUUUCGACGGCUCCGCCGAGAACGCCGAAGAUGCCGAAAGUUGCGCCAAGGACGCCCAAAGCAGAGCCGAGGACGCCGAAAGGCGGGGCUAAUCACACUUCUGAUACGGAAAUGACAACGCCAAAAAUGGAAGCGAAGACGCAGAAGAUGGAGACGAAAUCUUUGAAGGGGGAACAAAAAACUCCUAAACAAGAAUUAAAAACUCCUGUAGUUGUUCCUGUAGAUAGCUCAGAAAACGCUGAGGAAGUAGAAAUUACUUCAUCUGGUAGAAAACGUACCAGGCCAAGCAAGUUCAACGAAACGACCUUUGGAGACACCAAAUCAAAGACAACCCCCGAGUGUACCACUAAAAGGAAAAGAAACGAACUAAAGGAACCGGAAGUUGAUAGGAAGAAAGCCAAGGUUGAACGGUCAGAAUCGGAAACAGCGAAUAAUGAUGCGGACAUGGUUGAUUCCAAACCAUCCGGUGCAAAUGGGAAUAUGAUUGAAUUGGCACAUUCACCUACACGCAGACCUCUCAGAAGAGUUGUAGUUAAAGCUCAGGAAACAACAAAGAAAGAGUCUGACAAGGCAGCCGCUCCAAAGAAGGAAUCUGUUGCUAAGGUACCGGAUGUACCGAAAAAAGAAGAGGAAAAGGUGACAGCAGAGAAAACAGUAGGUGUUCCAAAAAGGGUGAUGGAAAGGCGAUCUGUCGCCAGCAAAACUGUAGAAACACCUACAAAAGAAACACAGGUUUGUGAAGAUGCUACUCCCAAAUCCUCAACACGGCCAAAGAGAGGCUCUGCAACCAAAGCAAAAGUCAUAGGUGAAAGGUGGUCACAAAGGAGGGUAAAGAAACAGCAGGAACUGGAAGAGAAAGAAAGAGAAAAGGAAAAGGCAAAGGAGAAAGAGCAAGAAAAAGAGGUUGAAAAAGCGGUUGAAGUUGAAGCUCCUGAAACACCUGUUAAAGAGAUCAAUACCACAAAGGAAGAAACUCCUGUUAAAGUUGGCGUCACAAAAGAUAUCUUAGUGAAAGAUUUAACUAGUGUAAAUACCUCGAAUCAGGUUAAAAAACCUGGCAAACGUAUGAGAAAGAAACGGGGUUGGGUGAAGGGAAAACCCAAACAGUCCAUAGACAAGAAGACUCAGCUAACAUUGCCUGAACUAAUAAAGGCCAAGUUAGAAAAGGACAGUGAGAGUGAGUCUUUAAUUUCAGAAAAAUCAGACGAAGAUAGCGCACCUAGAAGCGAAGUGACGACUGCCACACUAAGUCCCGAAAGACGAGACAGAGUAAAAGGUAGAAAAGAAGACAAGCAUAAGAGGGCAGCUCGGAUAUCUACUGAAGAGGAUUCUAGCGCAGAAGCGGACGAUGAAAUGGAGAACGAUGAACUACCGGCGCGAAAAGACACCACGCCGACUAAGUAUAAGCUUACCAAGACAUCACCUAGGGACAAAGACUUGUCUAGGACACCUCCAAAGAUUAAGGAUAAGAGUGAGACGAACUCUGUUUCGCCUAGGCUUGAAAAACAUGAAUCACCCUUAUAUUCUACUACUUCCGAAUCCGAAUUGGAAAUAGAUGGUCAGAAAAUCAAGACUAUUUCUCAGAAGGAGGUAUUCCAGAGUAAUUUGAUGCCUCACAUUAAGCAUUCUGAACCAAGUCCGUUUAAGCUUGGUUCCACGGAAAGCAAGAAUGUUGGUAAUGACCAUGUGCAAUCUACGGAGCCUGUACACAGUGAGAAUAGACCUAUGGAAGUGGAAGAGAAUUCUGUCGAAUCUGGUAGAAAGUCGACAGACAUGGAGAUUGAGAAAUGUGAUCAUCAAGAGAAUAUCAUAACCCACAAGGAAGGCCCUGAGAUAGAACCGCAAGAGAAAUUGGCGAAAACUGAGGAACAGAUCCCAUUAGAGUUGUCAAAAGGUGCUGUGGUAAAUUCUGAGAAGAAAGAGGAGCAGCAUAUUCUGCCUGAGGCUUGUGAAGAUAAAACCACUCCGGAUCAUAGUAAAGCCGAAAAUCCGGAGAAAAAAAUAACAGACAGUGCAUCUCCUGCUCAAUCCAUAGUACAAGCAAGCGAAAAUCAAGAAGUGCAGGUCAUACAGCAUCAUUGUGUGCAGGAAAACGCGCCUCAGCCUGAAAUUAGGAGUAAGGAUAAUACAGUGAUACAUCAUGGCCAAGAUAAACCUGUCCAAGAAGAAAAACCUCCUGUAUCUAGUCAAAUCAAUGAUUCGGAAAUAUCCGUUAUACAAAACCACACUGUCGGAGAAAAUUGUGAAAAAACGCAGGAGCCUCAACAAAGCAUCGAGAAGUCAGUGGUAGUUGAAAAGCCUUCUAAUGAAAAAAUUGUACCUCAAAUUGUUAGCGAGAAACCGGUUGAAGACAAGCAGGUUGGGAAUGAUAAACCAAUUAUCCAAGGUCAAGUUAGUGAGAAACCUCCCACAUGUGAAAGGGUUCCAAGCGAAACUAACGAGAAGAUUGACAUAUCCUGUAAGAAUUACGAAAGACCCCCCGUCGAACCUGUCAGUUACGCCCAGACACCAGAUACAAAGCAGUCAGCAGUUCCACCACCACAGCAGCAACAACAACCCGUGAUCUUAAACCAGCCAGGUGACAGUAGAAGUUAUGAUCAGAAAUCAUCGGUGUGUAAGAGCAUCACGCAAGAGAGCAGACCUGUUGAAAAGUCUCCCAUGAAGGAGUACAAGACCUCAUCGGGAGAGUAUAAACCCUGUGAUAUGAGAGACUUCCGAGCAAAGGACGAUGGAAAAAGUUCUGCUCGGACCGAGAGUAGGGUGAAGCAGGAGAAAUAUGAUGAUAAGAGGUACCACCAGAAAGCUCCAUCUAUGGAAGACAAACCACAUCCACCUCCAGCGAUAUCUUACGACGCUCAACCGCCACCCCCACCAAAAAUGCACAUGGACAGCGAGAGUUUACUGGCUAACGCGAUGGCGACCCAGAAUUACCAUCAUAUGACCCAGGCUGCGCAGUAUCAGUGGCAGUGGGAACGGUUAGCGUGGAGCAAGGGCAUAUAUUAUGACACCGCCAAAAGGGAGUACUCGGCUGGAUACCCGAUGCUGCCACAGUUUACGCCUUUGGAGAUGCUGCCCAAACAAACUAGCUGCGAAAAGGAAAAAGCACCUUCAAAGUCACACAGACAUUCCCAAGGUAGUAGCAGUAGUAGUAAUAAAUCGUCAACAAAAGACAGUAGUAGCAGGGGAAGCGAAAACAAAGAUAAAAAUCCAUCGCCCAGAAAAGAAGAUAGAAGUAGACCAAAGAGCGAAGAUUCAGCCAAAAGUUCCAGCAUUGGUGAUGCUAUGAGAACAACUUCCUGUUCAUAUAAUAAUCCGCAUACGACAAUUAAAACGACCAAUGCAUCAUCAAAUACGACCCCCGAAAAACCGGAGUCCAAAGUGAAACCUAAUCACGAGGAACAUCAUCAAGUAAUGGAAGAUUCGGCUGCACAGCAGAUUCACCAAUCAUCCAUAAAACAUACACCACCGACUCCAUCUGCUCCAGACAUUCCUUCUAUGGGAGUUUACACACCAGAUUCUACUACGAAUUCUGUCCACAGCUUGCAUUACGGCCAAUGUGAGUUAGACGUUGCUCAACUAGGCUUGGAGUCCCCGGCGUCGAUAUCGAGCGACAUGGCAUCCCAGAACUCCGUGGAGCCGACGCGGCCACCUUCCACAGUACAACAGCAGCAACAACAGUACGAGUGUUCUAUGCAACAGAUUCAUCAACAACAGCAGCAACAACAGAACAUGCAGACGGUGUCUGCGCCAGUGUCCAGUCCUCAAAUGGCCCAACAACAACAGCAGAUGGGACAGCAGCAGCAGCAGCAGCAACAACAGCAGAUGUCUGGGAGUAACAGUAGAAGUAAGACGCAGCAGAGGAAUAGGUCCAAUACGCCUUCUGGACAGUCGCAGUCCAAACAGCAGGCAAUGAAUAGAGCGACACCCCCAAGUGUUACAAAUCAAGUGAAUCAGUCUAAUCGUCAACGAGCCACCCCUCCAAGCAGUGGUCAACAAUUGCAGCACAUGCAGGUCAGUCCUACGGGUGGUAUGCAACAGCAACAUCUCAGCAGCAGUCAGCAAUCUCAGCCACACUUGCACCAUCAGGUCGUACACCAGGGGUACCAAUACCAGUUGGGCACUUCACCGGUUCAUCAGCACGGUCACCAUCCUCACCACCAUUCCGUGAUCAGCCAGGGCAACUAUAUUCCCGUGGCGACGGCGGUGAGCACGCAGGCUUUUCAUACUCAACCACCCCCUACCAGUACGUAUGUGAACGUACCAAUGACAACUGUCAUCCAGCAUCGAAUGAGCGCUCAUCAGGGGGCGGUAGCAGCGGCCGCUAAGCUGUCCGCCUCAUCGCCUAGUUGCGCUGUGACUUCAGGGGCUAGUUUCUAUAUUCAGGCUAACCCCCAUCACGCUCACUCGCAUACGCCUGGGCCUGCAUCCACGCCUACUCCCCCGCAACAGUCAAACCAAGGCGGCCAACAAUCGGGUACCCCCGGCAAUGCAGCCGCCAGCUGCAGCCUAGCCAAGCUACAGCAACUAACCAACGGCCUGGACAUUCCUAACGCGUGCAAUACUAUGACCCCACCACCACCUCCAUCAGCUAUGACGCUGACUCCGCCUCCUCACCAACCGCAUGCAAACAUGACUCCCCCACCCCCUUCCCAUCAGAUGAUCCAGAAUCAAUCGGCGGCUGCAGCCGCCGCGGCCGCUGCUGCCGUGCGAAAUCUGACUCCGCCUUCCGGCACGCCGGGAAUUCCCUCGAAUCUGCAGCAACAGGUGCUCGGCUACUCGAAGUACUAUCAGACGAAUAUGAACGUUAAUCAGCUUAGUGGGACUGUCACACCGCCUAUCGGGCAGAAUUUGGUGAGGUCUGGCCGCAACAGCAGCAAUGUGAGCGCUAUGCAACAUAUGCAGCCAUCUUCAAGCCGUGUUAGCCCGAACGUGGCUCUGAACCAUCCGAACGUUAUGUACAAUAUGAACAUGAACAGCUACCGCAUGGCGGCGUCGCAACAGGCGCCAUCUGCCGCCGUCACGGGGUACAUCACGAACACGGCGGCAGGGUUUACUAACAAUCCCAUGCAGAUGAUGAAUAUGGCGCAGACGCAGUAUUUGCAGGAUCCGGCCGCAUUGCAACGCGCCCAGCAGAAUCCUAUGUAUUAUAUCAACGGCAUCAUGCCGCCGUUGAAUGGAUCUAUGAGACGAUAGAUGACCUUAAGCAGUGUGAUCAGUUAUCAUGAUCUCUAUCAUAUAACGAAACAACAAUGGGAAAACCCAGAAAUUGAUCAGAAAAGCUUGCAAUUUAUGAAUCGUUAUAUUUUAUUCUUAUAAAGGCAGAUCUGACUCGUUACAUAAAGUUUGACUGUGUCUACUUAUAAUGCAAAAAUUUGAAUGAAUAGUUCCAUGUGCAGUUUAUGUUCAGCAACUACAAACUUGAUUCACAUUUUUGUUUCAGCUAUUUGUCAAUAAUGCAGGUGCACUGUUUUGUCAUACCAAGGUGUAACUUACGAGUCGCGUAAGACACAUAGUUAUUUGUUCGGCAUUUUAUCAAGGAUGUUGUUUGAUGUAAUUUGAAAGUUGGUUUCUGUGUAAAUGCCAAAUUGUGAAUUUGCGUCAGUGCGUCACUAUUACCACUGUCUUCAAAUAAUAUAGGCGAAACUGCAUAUGAAAUUUGCCCCCAAAGGUAUUCAAAUCUGGAUCAAUAAAAAUUAAGGUGUAUUGGGUCAAAUCACCUUAGCCAAAUUUUCAGAUCGGUAAGUCACCCCUAGAGGUCCCUAUCCUCAAAAACGUGUUUUUUAGAAAAUAAUUAGAAACGUAGGAUAUACAAUGUCCAACUUGAAAACGCGCAAAACAUCUUGACUCGAGAAUCUCAAAAAUGAGAAAACCCGCAUUUUCACUUAUUUUUGUCGAUUUUCCCUGGUUUCUCCUAUUUUCGCAAUUUUCAAACCAAGAUUUUGACUGUAGAAUCUGAAGGCAUGGACAAAAAUAUAUUUGCUGGGUUUUAACUAAGUAAGUACCGAUAUACAGUCGAUUUUUCAGUUUGCGAAAUUCUCAUUACCUCAUCGAAAUUUAAAAACAAUUUCAAUUCUUUUUUCUAGAAUGUAUAGGUUUCACAAAUCUAUAAAAAAUCGCUGUUAUUUAGGACAUAAUGUGUAGCAUCAGUUUUAUUUUCAAAUAUUUUUGAACAAAAUUGCGCCCGAAAAAAUAGUUUUCGAGAAAACACGUUUUUGAGAUUAGGGGGCCCUAGCGGUGACUCACCAGUCUGAAAAUUUGCCUAUGAUGAUUUGACCCUAUAUGCCUUAAUUUGGAUCGAUCCAGAUUUGGAUAACUUUGGGGGCAAUUUUCGCUGAUAGGCUCUGCAAAUGUUGCAUUUGCAUCGUUUCACAUCUGUCUCUGUCCUUGACAUGCCAAAUAGGUUAUAGUAUUAUCUAAUUAUGCCUUAAAAUAUAGAGACAUUGCUCGUCAAAAAUGUUAUAUAUUUUCUAAAUUAUGUACCUAAUAAUAAAUCAUAGAAAUGAUCGAUAAUGGCUACUGAAUACUGUCUUAUAUCUUGGUAAUAUCCUGAAUCCUGUCUUUACUCUGUAAUCAAGGAUGUAAAUUCUAGGAUAUUUAGUGAAUAUGUAUGUUGACAGUGUUGAUAGUCUCGACUUUUGACGGUCAGUGUGGUGUACUUAGUUAUAAGAAUAGGGCUGUGUCGGCUUUUAGGGUCUGUAUAAAGUUUGUAAGAUAUAUAAUAUUAAUCUGUUUAUAUAAUUAUAGCUAGUAUUCUAAACAUCCAAAACUGUGGAACCUUUUUACUCACCCACAUAAAAAUGCAUAUAGAUGCAAUCGAAACAGAAAAAAUAUGUAUUUAUGAACAUGUAAAAAUAAUGGUGUAAAAUAUGUGAAUAAAAAAGGGACAUGGUCAUAUAUAUUUAUAGUUAAAACAGUUUUAACAUAUUAUCUUGUUGUUUUUAAUCCGGUUUUGUUUAUUCAUAUUGUCUUUGCAAUAGGUAAAGAAGUUAAUCAAAAAAUAGCUUCAAGUGUUUGACAUUUUGCCACUGUUUUGAGUUUUGACUUAUUGUACAGCACUGUGAUUAGAUUUGUUAGCGAAGAGUUUUGUUUUUACAAAGUACUAUUGUAAAUUAUAAUUUUUUUGUAACGUAC